AUGGACGGAGACUGCGACCCAGACCCUCGACAAUAUUUUGGCAGACACAAGCUGUCAUUACCCUCUCCGUCUCUGUGCAUCUCUCUUCCCAUCGUCAGAAGCAAUGCCGCUCAACUCCAUGACAACAUCAACAAGGCUGCAGUCACCUUGCGAGCCCACCUAAAGACGAACAAGACUACGGAAAUUACACGCAUUAUGCUGGGCAAGAUCACAAAAAAGGUCGCCAUCUCUACGUUAACCGAGGCUCAGGGGCUGAGAUCACUCAUAGCUGAUGGAACCGUCGAUGAUAUUCUUUGGGCCAUUCCAAUCAGUCCGUCCGUCCUGCCUGCUCUGGAUCGGCUCUCACGCCAAGCCAACCUGCACUUUAUGGUCGACCAUCUUGAUCAGAUAUACUUUCUCGCCCAAUAUCAUCGAUUGCAGUCAAUCUCGGAGCCCUGGUCCCUCUUCAUCAAACUUGACUUAGGGAGUAAACGAGCUGGUGUGCGUCCGGACUCGCCACAGCUGCCGGCUCUUAUGAACGCUAUUGAGUCCAGUUCCGCAGUGAAAUUGACAGGCAUCUACUCUUACCCAGCCAGGAUGGGGAGAAGUUGGAGCUUCGAUACCGCAAAAUUGGUCUUGCAGGAGCAUGUCUCGGCACUGAAAGAUGUGGCAAGCCUCCGGUCAAAGCCUUCCAGUUCACUGGUCUUAGCGAUCGGCUCUUCCAUCACAGCCAGAGUCAUAAAGUCCGUUGAUAUUGAUUUGCCGUCCAAACUUACUUUGGAGAUUGUAGCUGGAACGACAAUCUAUAACGACCUCCAACAGCUUGCCACAGGCACUAUCACACGUGCAGAUCUUGCGAUGACUGUGAUAGCCGAAGUCUGCUCAGUGUACGAAGACCGCAACGAAGUAUUGAUCAAUGCCGGCGUGCUAGCUCUCACUCGUGAGCCUGGCGACAUUGUUGGUCUUGCACGCGUACGAGGCCUCGAGCAUGAGGGAUGGGUGGUGGAGCGCGUCAGUCAGGAACACGGUAUUCUCGUUUAUACCGGCUCGCAAAAGUGUUCCGUUCAAGAAAUGUGGAAGAUUGGGAACAAACUAGUGCUGGAUGUCCAACACACUUGCAUUGUGGGGGCAAUGUACGGCUGGCACUUCAUCACGGACGAGGAAGGCAUUGUGAGAGAUGUGUACACACCUUGGAAGUGGUGGUAG